GUUGUGUGUUCUCUGCUUGUAAUCUUUGUGAGCCCUUCAAAUCAGAAAUGCAGUCCUGAAGCCUCAGCCCCGCACCCCAAACUGUGCCGACACAUUUUCUGCGCGACAGAUGAAUGAACUCAAGAUAUUCUCUGAUUUCCCAGUCCUACAGCAAGUUCUACACCACAGCUGUAUCAGAGAAGCACUGGGAACAGGCUUUGGGCUCAUCGAGGUCUCAUCUGGCAGUGUGUCCUAGCUUCUUUUCAGUGUGCAUUAACCCCCAUGAUGAAGAAACAGCCAAGUUCAUGGGAUGGAGUUGGGAACCCUGCAUCCUCAUGCAGCUCUCCCCUGAAUGGCUGGGUCAGCGAGAACACCGUGUGCCACCUCAGCUCUGGGGAUAGAGGAGACUUGUACCAACUGUCUCACCAAGCCUUGACCCAGGGCUCCCGAGAGAGGGAGGUGAGCAGCGCUGCCCCGGACACCAUUAAGAUCAAGGAGAAGCUGAAGAGGAGGAGGAUGUCUGAGGGUCUGUUAGCCUCACAGAGAGGCCUCACUGACUCCAGCGUCCCUCCAGGCAUCUUCCUGAAGCCAGUACUUUGCCGGGCACGUUCCCAGAGAUUCCAGCAGGACUUCAGGCCUGUGCCUCCCAUCCAGCACGGCCUGCCUUCCCCAGAGCCCAGCAGGCUGAUCAAUGGAGAGGAGGAGCAGGGGGAAAAUGCCACAGGCUGUGAUGGUGGUGAUGCGAGUAACAGGGGAUGGAUGUCCAAGGCCAAAGGAUAUAAAGCUUUCCUGCCGCCCCUGCACUGCAGUAAUGGGGAUGGGAAGAAGUCACUGGGAGCAGCUUUGAUCCCCCCUAUCCCCAAGUCAGCGAGACCACCUGAUGAGGAGUCUGACAGGGCUGCAGUGCCUCCCCCAAGCUCUCAGCACCUGCUUUUCCAGGAGGCCCUAGAGAUGAGGAGCCGAGGGCUGAGGCCUUUAUCAUGCGAGCUCCAGCCUCUGGAACCCGUCUUGCCUCCUCUCCAGCACCGUGGCGUUGGUGGCAUGAAGUCUGCUGGGCACUCGUGUGACCAUGUGCCCCCGUUAACUGCCCUCCCACCCAGCCAGGCCAAGCAGACAGACCACCUUGUGAGCCCUGGCCUUCUGAGCGACGACGAGUUGAAGGACAGCAAUGGAAGGAUCCAUAUUAAGUUGUCCAAGUCAGCUCAGAAGAAAAUACAGCAGAAGCGAAUGAGGGAGAUGGAGCUUUUGCUUAGAGAGAGGGAGAAAGAGAGAGAGGACUCUUUGCAGCUUCCUCCACGAAGUGUUGACCCUGGGGAUGCAGCUGAAGAAAGCUCUGGCCCACUGCCUGCCAAUGGGGCAGUUUCCAUUUCCCCCGGCAUGAGCAGCGCACGCAGAGAGAGCGCUGCUGCUGCUGCCUUGGGCAAGCGGAUCAACAGGCCCUCACUGCCCAGCAUCCCUGUCAGCAGCCAGGAUGGCACCUUCCCACGCAAGCCCUCAGCCAACUCGCUGCCGGCCAUUGCUCUGGACACCCCAGAGCGGGGAGAGGAGCCAGAGAGUGGGGACGCCCAGGAAGCCAGGCCCUUCCCUCACCCACAGCAGGCACUGCUCAAGGCGCUCGCAGGGCUCAGCAGUGACGACUGGCAACAGAAGGCUGAGGGACUCCUCAGCAUCAGGCGCCUGGCUCUCUGCCACUCAGAAGUCCUGCUUUGUAGACUUCAUGAUGUUUCUUUGGCAGUUACCAAAGAGGUGAACAACCUCCGCUCAAAGGUGGCUCGGUGUGCGAUCAGCACUCUUGGAGAGCUCUUCAAGACCACGAAGAAGCACAUGGACGGGGAGGUGGAUGAGAUUGCUCGUGUCUUGCUGCAGAAGAUGGGGGACUCCAAUGAGUUCAUUCAGAAAGGAGCCGAUCGGUCCCUGGAGGUCAUGGUGGGGAGCGUGACACCAACACGAGCAAUGAUGGCUCUCAUGGCUAGUGGAGUCCCGUAUGUAGAUCUUCUCUUAGUGAUAUCUAUCACCUUAGCUUGUGUGGGCAGGGGGAAGGGACAGGAGGCAGAUGGGGAGUGA